AUGGCACCCCAUUCCUACUUAGGUGCACGACGGCUAACGGUUAACAUGCGGCCUCCACAACGGUAUCCGUGGACUUUUAUUCUCGCGGACGUUUCUACAGGUAUCCUCGGUAUCACUUUUCGGCAGUUCUAUAAGUUACUGGUUGACUCACGUGGACUGAGGUUGAUUGGUUUUUCGAACAUUAAAUUCACAGGCCUCAAAGCUCACACAGACGUUCACCGAAUCACAGGUAUCCUACCUGAUUCGCUCGACUCGUUCCACUCGUUAAUGGAACGCUUCCCCAAUUUGACUGAACCUAUUGAGGAGAUCAACCUAGUGACGGAUCGUGUGGCUCACCACAUAAUCACUAAACGACCACCAGUCACGGCAUGA